GGUGCUACGUAUACCCGACUUCGUGUCGCAGUACGGGUGGUGUCCACGGUACAGCUUUCUCACUAGUCUUACCAAGGACGGUCGUUGUGAAUUGACGCUGUGGAGAGAGUCCGUAAUUGCCCUGGCGGUUUUGGACAGACGCUACAAAGAACCUAUCAUGACAAGAAGAAAAAAACCAAAGAGGUGUGGGGAUGGGGGCUGUUUGUAGCCAUGCAUUGCCAGUUCCAAGGUUCCAGAAUAACAACCGCAAAAACGCAAAAAAAAGGACAAGAAAAGCCGAGAUGAACGCCAAGGCGUGGAUUUGUUGUGUUGUGAUGUGUGUUUGUAUCCGUAGAUACCUUUGUCAGGACUUUAUCUCGUUGAACUAUCAGGAAGGUAAAAGUCUGUCCGGGCCUUUUUUCCUCAACCUCAUCAUUCCAGACAUGUUUUCUUGUUCUUUACUCUGUCAGCAAACCACCAAGUGUGGCUCUGUCAGUUUUGACACUACCAACAAAUUGUGUAAAAUGAACACAGAGAAUUCUACUGACGGAACACUGACGGCCACAACUGGCUACAGGUUUACUGACGUCACACCUUCAGCGACCCUCAUUGGAGGUUGUGCUGCACGUACCUGUGGGGACAACGAUAUCUGCAUCCUUGAUGACGUAGGCAAAAUGCGUGGAUGUACAACAGCGCUGCUAACAUCGUGAGGGACUUGAUAUACCUGUAAAGAAGACUUACCUUCGUAUUAAUAUAUGGUGUUACACGACAUGCCGUAUUGUACGUGUACACGUAUUUUCUUAGUCAGAAAUGAUCUUAACAAACAAUGAUACAAAGAUAUCUAUUUUUACAUAAUAAGUAUAAUUAUUAUUGCAAUUUAAUGUUUUGAUGUUAUGUUGUACUUUCAUAUUAACCGUGUAAAAUGUUAAACAUUUUUAAAAAUAAACUUUGU